AUCCUGGCGUUUUGCAUGGGCUGCGUGCCAGGCUCUCAGAACAUCAGCAUGCUGCCAAGCAGGGGGCGGGGGGCGUGGCCACAAGUGCACGGCAUGCUCACCUGGGCCAGUGUGUCGCCGGGCAAUGCAGGUGUAGGUGCUUUGGAGCUGACUUGAGCCCGGCUUCAGAGGUGGGGGCAAACUGGCAGCCCCACAGGCCAGUCUGGGGCUGGCUGCAGGAGGCUGGGCGCGCUGUGGAGUCUGUCCCACCAGCAGGAUGGUGAAUCUGGAGUCUGUGCACACAGCUGUCCCUGAAGAAGGUUCUGACCCCAGGCGUGGUGGCAGCUGUCACUUUAAGGCACUCAAGAUGAGUGGCAAUGUGGCAGACUCCACAGAAGCGCGCAACGAACCCGACCAAGUGGAACCAGGAAAUGAACGAAAUGGGCUGGACUUUAACAGACAGAUUAAAACAGAAGACCUCAGUGAUUCCUUGCAAUCUCCGGUACAGCCCAGAUCAGGCCACCUAGGACCAGGAUCAUCAAUGAUGCCUGGAAGCCAAAUCACCGGGGAUAUGAGUUCUCUUCACACCCUGCAGCAGCUUGUACUGGUGCCCGGUCCUAUGCAAUCAGUUCCUCAGUUCCUGCUCUCUCAGGCCCAGGCUGGGCAACAAGCUCUGCAGCCAAACAUUCUCUCCUUUCCCCAGCAACAGAGCAACCUCAUCCUCUCGCAGCCUGGACCCAGCCUAGCAUCCCAGGCAGUGGGACGUUCAGGGCUCCCUGGGCCGUCUUUAGAGCCCCAUCUGGAGGUGCCACAGCACUUGCAAGUUGCAAAACACAUGCCGUCUUCGGCCCUAUCAGACGAACCCAGCGACCUGGAGGAGCUGGAGAAGUUUGCUAAGACUUUCAAGCAGAGGCGAAUCAAACUGGGGUUCACCCAGGGCGACGUGGGACUGGCCAUGGGUAAGCUGUACGGCAACGAUUUCAGCCAGACCACCAUCUCCCGCUUCGAGGCUCUCAACCUGAGCUUUAAAAACAUGUGCAAGCUCAAGCCCCUGCUGGAGAAGUGGCUGAGCGAUGCAGAAUCCACUCCUUUGGACUCCUCCGUGAGUACCCCUAAUUCCUACCCUUCGGUGAGCGAGAUGUUCGGGCGGAAGAGAAAGAAACGCACCAGCAUCGAGACCAACAUUCGUUCCACACUGGAGAAGAGAUUUCAAGAUAACCCCAAGCCCAGCUCGGAGGAGAUCUCCAUGAUAGCAGAGCAGCUCUCCAUGGAAAAGGAAGUGGUUCGGGUUUGGUUCUGUAACCGGCGCCAGAAGGAGAAGCGGAUCAGCUGUCCAGUGCCAUCCCCCAUAAAAUCACCCAUCUACAACUCCAGACUGGUCUCUACCUCAGGCUCCCUGGGCCCCCUCUCAGUCAAUCCAAUCCACAGCACCAUGCCUGGGACAGUAACAUCGUCGUGUUCCCCUGGGAACACCAGCAGGCCCUCAUCCCCCAGUACAGGGCUCCAUGCCAGCAGCCCCAGCGCAUCCCAGAGCAACUCCAAAGCCACAAUGAACUCGUCCAACUUCAAUCCUUCUGGGUCUUGGUACCGAUGGAAUCAACCCACUUACCUCCAUUGAGGCUAUUGCUCCAUCAUGCACAAAGGGAGCCCUGACUUCUAGCCAUGGACCAAAGUUUGGAGCGACGGUGCCUUCAAAGUGCAGCAGAAGGAAGGUCUUGCUUAUGGGAGCCCAGCACAGCUGAACUGUUUAGAGACUCGAGCUGUAACUGAGCCUCCCAGGAGAUUCUCAACUCCAGCAGUGAAAUUUAACACCCUUCUAGGUGUUAACCAAAACAAUCCCUCACUUAGCCAUAGCGGCACCAAACACUGUCCAACGCGUGCGGAUCUCUGCGAUGCUCUGUAUUGUCUGGCAAUAGCUAAUCUGGAUGGAUUUUCAUAUCUCACUCCUCCUUCUCCUAGCUCAUUUCAGAGCUUCCCAUGAGAAGGGUCUGCAGUGCCGUAUCUGACCCCACACCCCUCCGUCUGCACCCACAUCCCAGAAACCCCUGAACUGAACCCAGGUUACCACGGUCAUUUCACCAAAGGCCUGCAUCUAGAUGUGAGCUUUGGUAUCCUAUCGACUUCCCAGGUUAAUGUCAUUGUGCUUUAUUCCCUGCUCAACCUACUCAAUGGUUUGCCCCUUUCCUAAAGCUCUUUUCUUGCUUUCUUUAAAUGUUUAGAGCCAGGUGCCUCUUUACCUUUUUGUUUUCCUUU